GCGGAGCGUUUUGUGCGUGGCGCCACCUGCGGCUCAUCCAAGAUGGCGGGAGGCUGCCGGCUGCCGGGCGGAUGGAAGUCCUGAUGACGGUGCGGAGACUCGCCUCCAUCUGUACCAUGGGCGCCAAUGCCUCCGCUUUGGAGAAAGAGAUUGGUCCGGAGCAGUUUCCCAUGAAUGAGCAUUACUUUGGCUUGGUCAACUUUGGCAACACCUGCUACUGCAACUCGGUCCUCCAGGCGCUGUACUUCUGCCGCCCCUUUCGGGAGAAGGUCCUGGCCUACAAGGUUCAGCCCCGCAAGAAGGAGAGCCUCCUGACCUGCCUCUCGGACCUCUUCAACAGCAUCGCCACCCAGAAGAAGAAGGUGGGCGUCAUCCCUCCCAAGAAGUUUAUUUCCCGGCUGAGGAAGGAGAACGAACUCUUUGACAAUUACAUGCAGCAGGACGCCCACGAGUUCCUCAACUACUUGCUGAACACCAUUGCCGACUUACUGCAAGAAGAGAAGAAGCAGGAGAAGCAGAACGGGAAGCUCCAGAACGGGACCCUCGAGAGCAGCGGCGGUGGCGACGAGGCCGAGAAGGGCGACCUCACCUGGGUCCACGAAAUCUUCCAGGGGACCCUCACCAACGAAACCAGAUGCCUCAACUGCGAAGCUGUUAGCAGCAAAGAUGAGGACUUUCUGGACCUGUCGGUUGACGUGGAACAAAAUACGUCGAUAACGCACUGUUUGAGGGGGUUCAGCAAUACUGAGACUCUGUGCAGUGAAUACAAAUACUACUGUGAGCAAUGCCGCAGUAAGCAGGAAGCACAAAAGAGGAUGCGGGUGAAGAAGCUGCCCAUGAUCCUCGCCCUGCACUUGAAGCGGUUCAAGUACAUGGACCAGCUGCACCGGUACACCAAGCUCUCCUACCGGGUCGUCUUCCCCUUGGAGCUCCGGCUCUUCAACACGUCGUGCGACGCCACGAACCCGGACCGGAUGUACGACCUCGUGGCUGUGGUGGUGCAUUGUGGCAGUGGUCCGAACCGUGGGCAUUAUAUCACCAUUGUGAAGAGCCAUGGGUUUUGGUUGCUGUUUGACGACGACAUUGUAGAGAAAAUCGAUGCUCAAGCGAUUGAAGAAUUCUAUGGCUUGACGUCGGACAUUUCCAAAAACUCGGAAUCUGGGUAUAUCCUCUUUUACCAGUCGAGAGACUAAGGCGACGCGCUUUCCAAACAAAAGAAGGGAUCGCGACUGGGUCCGUACAGGACGUCCUGGUGCUCGUGAAACCACUUUGUCCGCAUCGUAGGGCCAGGGGAGAUCACCAGGAAACUAGCGGGACGCUCUCCUCGCAGCGGCCGCCAUGAACACGGAUUCUGUUCGCUCUGGAUUUCUUCCAGCGCUGUUUUAUACACACUCCCGUUGUCUUUACUUGAAACUGGGCUCAGGAUCCAAGGAAGGUCGCAUUGUCGGACUUCAGAGGUGACCCAAAGGCUUACCUUUGGUUUCUGGUUCUGGUUGAUUUACUGCUUUCUCGCAAAGAGAUUUCAAAUCUCCAUGGUUGGUUCAUGACACAUCUUCUUUGGAGGCGAAUAAGAAAAUUGCCCAUUUGGCUUAGUCGGAGUUGUUUACGAAGUUGUUUAGGAAGCAGCCCACUUUUCACUGUGUCUAUAGGGGAAGAGCAAAAGGAUCGGCGGAAUACAGAGUUUGUCCUUUUUGGUGCAUCUGAUGCCUUUUCAAGUAUGGGUUUUUGGGCACAGUGAUGAGCAAUACCGUGAACAUGGUUGUGUAGAGAUCAUAAAGAUGAAUCAUGUGUGAUAAUUUCAUCCCAU